AUGGCCAACUAUGGGCUAAAAUUACUAACAAAAGAACGUAUAUAUUAUAUUAAGACCUCAAGAAGACAACAAAAGACUAUCAAGACAUUAACUGUGGAUGUCUCCUCCCCAACUGAAAAUGGUGUCUUUGAUCCAGCUUCGUAUGCUAAAUUUUUAAUUGAUCAUAUUAAGGUGGAUGGAACCAUUGGUAAUUUGGGCAAUGCAAUCACUGUUGAGGAAGAUGGUUCUAUAGUGACUAUUGUCUCUACAACUAAAUUUUCUGGUAAAUAUUUGAAAUAUUUAACUAAGAAAUAUUUGAAGAAGAAUCAAUUGAGAGAUUGGAUUAGAUUCAUUUCUAUUAAGAAGAAUAAUUAUAAAUUGUCCUUCUACCAAGUCACUCCUGAAGAAGAUGCUGAUGAGGAGGAGGAUGCUGAAUGA